CAGGUUUUGCAAUGCCCGAGUCCCAGGCAGGAGGCUCUGGGGAGAGCCGCGUGUGAAGGGCGCCCAGAUGCCCAGGGCCGUGGCCGGGGAGCCGAGAGGGCUGUAGAGUGGCGCGCUUGCGAGGAUUGCCUCUGCUGGGGAAUAUGGAGUGGAGAUUUCCCGGCUGCCCCGCAGGUCUCUCCCUGGGGCUCUUUCUCCUUUGGGCUUCCCUGCCUCGUGGGAUACCUGGCAAAGAAGUGAAUCUCCUUGACACAAGUGCGGCUCAGAACGAGCUGGGCUGGUUGCCAGAUCCUCCGGAAUCUGCGUGGAGUGAAAGUCAGGUGAUGAUAAACGGCACCCCAGUAUACAUGUACCAGGACUGCAGCGUCUUCUCAGAGGGCGACACAGACCACUGGCUCCGCACCAACUGGAUCUUCCGGGGCGACACCUCCUCCCGUGCCUAUGUGGAGCUGAAAUUCACCAUCCGGGACUGCAAGAGCUUCAAAGGGGAGGCGGUUAGCUGCAAGGAGACCUUCAACCUCUACUACAUGGAAUCGGACCAAGAUGUCGGUAUCCAGUUCCGCCGGCCACCCUUCAUCAAGGUCAAUACCGUCGCAGGAGACCGCAGCUUCACAGCCCGGGACGUUGAACGGGGCAUUCUGCAACUGAACAUGGAGGUGUCCCGUAUCGAGAACCUGAGUCAGCGCGGCUUCUACCUGGCCUUCCAGAACUCGGGGGCGUGUGUCGCGUUGGUCUCAGUGAGAGUGUAUUAUAAGACCUGCUCGGAAACGAUACGCGGACUGGCUAACUUCUCGGAGACGUUGGCAGGCUCCGACGGGUUGGUGAAAGUGCCCGGCGUCUGUCUCAAGAAUGCAGCCGAGGAAGUGGGGCUGGCACCCAGGAUGCACUGCAGUCCCGAUGGGGAGUGGUUGGUUCCGGUGGGCCGUUGCCUGUGCAUCCCUGGCUUUGAGGAGGCCGGAGGGAGAUGCGUCACUUGCCAGCCAGGGUUCUUUCGCCACUCGCCGGAGAUGGACCAGUGCCUCAAGUGCCCUCCGAACAGCUCCUCCAGUUCUCCGGGGGCCACAGCCUGCCCCUGCCUCAGAGACUUCUUCCGGGCACCCAGUGAGGACCAAACUGUUGCUUGCACACGCCCCCCUUCCGCUCCACGCAACCUCAGCGCCUCUCUUUCGGGGAGUCAGCUUUCCCUCGCUUGGAAGCCGCCCCUCGACCAAGGCGGCCGCAAGGAUCUCUCCUACAGCGUCACUUGCGAGAACUGCAGACACCUAUUGUGUGAACCCUGCGAGAGCGGCGUGGUGUUAUCCCCCAGCGCAUCAGGCCUGACCAGUCCGUCCGUGGUUGUGGAUGGCCUGGAAGCUUACAACAAUUACACCUUCACUGUACAAGCUCACAAUGGGGUGUCGGCGCUCAGCCCCACCUCGCACAGCAGCGCCAGUUCGGCUGUCCCGGUCACAGUGGGACAUGCAGCUCCUAUCACGGUGUCCUACCUCAGUAUGGUGAAGCGGAACGACAGCAGCCUCUCUGUCACCUGGCAAGCGCCACAAAUUCGCAGCCAGAACGCCGUGAGCUUUGAGGUCAUGUACUUUGAGAAGGGAGAAGAGAAGCUCUACACUGUCCACCACCUCCAGGAACCCAAAGUGACCUUGGUGAACCUGCAGCCCAACACAGCCUACAUUUUACGUGUGCGCUCCGUCACCCCCCUUGGAAACGGACCGUUUUCACAGGAACAGGAAUUCCGCACCCUGCCGCAAGACACCGGGGUGCCUUCUGGAGGAGUGAUUGUCUCCAUUAUCUUUGGAAUCAUGCUGUUUAUCGGUCUGGUUGCAGGACUCAUCGUCUGCCGGCGAAGGCGCGCUUAUAAUCACCGAGCACGGCCAAUCCACGAUCACUCUAGCUACGACCGAGAUGAGAUCUGGUUGAAGCCUUAUGUAGAUCUCCAGCCCUACGAGGAUCCCAGCCGGGGAGUCUUAGAAUUCACAAAGGAGCUGGACCCAUCUCUUGUCAACAUCGAGACCGUUAUCGGCGAAGGCGAGUUCGGGGAGGUCUACCGGGGAACCCUGCGCUUAGCAGGGAAGGAACGUGUCAUCGUGGCCGUCAAGACCUUGAAAUCGAGUUACUCAGACUCAACGUGGUGGAACUUCCUGCGCGAGGCGACCAUCAUGGGCCAGUUUAAUCACCCCAACAUCGUGCGGUUGGAGGGAGUCGUCACGAAACGGAACCCCAUGAUGAUUAUCACUGAGUACAUGGAGAACGGAGCUCUGGACACUUUCUUACGGGAGAACAUAGACAAGUUCAGUGCGGUGCAAUUAGUCACCAUGCUGCAAGGCAUCGCCGCGGGGAUGACCUACUUGUCCGAUCGCAACUACGUCCACCGAGACCUGGCGGCCCGUAACAUUCUGGUAUCCCAUAACCUUCAGUGCAAAGUGUCCGAUUUCGGUCUUUCCCGAAUCUUGGAAAACGACGUGGAAGGAACGUAUGAAACAAAGGGCGGCAAGAUCCCCAUCCGGUGGACGGCCCCAGAGGCCAUAGCUCAUCGAAUCUUCACCUCGGCCAGCGAUGUGUGGAGUUUUGGCAUCGUCACGUGGGAGAUGUUUUCAUACGGCGACAAGCCAUACGGGGACAUGAGUAAUCAGGAGGUGAUGAAGAGCAUAGAGGAUGGGUACCGGCUGCCCCCGCCUGUGGACUGCCCCUCCAUUCUUUACGAGCUCAUGAAAGUGUGUUGGUCGUACGAUCGGACGCGGAGGCCCCGUUUCCGGGAGAUCCAUACUCAGCUGGAGCACUUCACCUCCAGCCCGCAUUUGCUUCGGGCUGUGGCAGACUUUGACCCUAGGGUGACACUCCGGCUGCCCAGCUGUAGCGGCUCUGACGGGAUCCCCUACCGGUCUAUCCCCGAGUGGCUGGAGUCCAUCCGCAUGAAACGGUACAUCAUCAACUUCCGCACGGCCGGCCUGAACACCAUGGAGUCCAUCCUGGAGCUCACUGCCGAGGACUUGAAGCAAAUGGGUGUGACGCUUUCUGGCCACCAGAAGAGAAUCCUGUGCAGCAUCCAGGGCUUCAAGGAUUAAGGGGUCCCUCGGCACUAAGCUGUCCCUGGGCACAUGCCCGCUGCAGUAGCUUUGGAGUUUUGUGCCCAGGAAGAGGAGAAGAGGGAUGCGACAAGCCCCGCCAGCCUUGAACCAAGUUCUCCAUGACCUGGGAGGACCGGCCUCAGACUCCUGGACCAAGCGGCAUCCGCGGCACUGCAGCGGUCCCUCCAAAGGAGCACAGGGCGGGGGGGGCUCAAGCUGCCUGGGAAGGACCCUCCCCCAAACACAGAACACUCAGGGUCUCCCCGCGCCUCUCAAGCCAGAGAGCAGCAUCACUCCAGGGCGGUGUUUUGCCUUCGUUGCCUGCCUCUCCAGCUCUCUUCUCUGCCCCCCCCCAGCCGCACUUCAUUCCCACGUUUUCCAAAACUAGCAGCGGCACCCCUCGCCCGACUCAUUUCGUCUCUAGCACAAAAGCAGUGGCUGCCUGGAGUCCGACGAGGCCGAAGCCACCCUGCCCGGAAAGACGCGUCGAACCCUAAAGGUGCCUCUCCUCCAAGCAGGAGUGGGAAGAGCCGUCCUGGGGUGCUUGCGGGGCUUGCCGGGGAGGGGGAAGGAAAGGACACCCCUCAGCACUGACUGCAAGAGAUGGGGGGGCUACCCCUCUCGGCACAGUAAGCCCCUGCUUGUCAGAGCAAAAGUCUUCACUCCCACCAGCAGGCCUUGUCGAUUCCUCCCGCCUGGGAUCUGACCCCCCACAAGGGGAGGCAACCGUGUUUACAGCAGGGAGCUUUGCUUCCUCAAGUCGAGGACCCUGCCUAAAGUAUUUAAAACGUCAGGGAAGAGGAGAA